AUGCCGGACGCGGAGCACCGCAAGGGCCGCGUGCUCCCGCGCGAGCGAGUUGCGGCCGCAGCGCUGCUCAUCGCGAGGCGCGUGCUCCGGACUCCGCACUGCCAGGAUCGCGCCUGGGCGGCCGGCGCAGGGAAAGGUCCUGAGCCCGGCUCAGCCUCGCAGCUCCUGCCCAAAUUAGCAUUGUACGUAUAUGAAUAUCUGCUCCAUGUAGGAGCACAGAAAUCUGCCCAGACAUUUUUAUCAGAGAUAAGAUGGGAAAAAAACAUCACACUGGGGGAGCCCCCAGGAUUCUUGCACUCCUGGUGGUGUGUAUUUUGGGAUCUCUACUGUGCAGCUCCAGAAAGACGAGAAACAUGCGAGCAUUCAAGUGAAGCAAAAGCCUUUCAUGACUAUAGUGCUGCAGCAGCUCCCAGUCCAGUGCUAGGAAACAUUCCCCCAGGAGAUGGCAUGCCAGUAGGUCCUGUACCACCGGGUUUUUUUCAGCCUUUCAUGUCCCCUCGGUACCCUGGAGGUCCAAGGCCACCUUUAAGAAUACCCAAUCAGGCGCUUGGAGGUGUCCCAGGAAGUCAGCCAUUAUUGCCUAGUGGGAUGGACCCAACACGGCAGCAAGGGCAUCCAAAUAUGGGUGGGCCAAUGCAGAGAAUGACUCCUCCGAGAGGAAUGGUUCCUUUAGGACCACAGUCUGACCCUUGGUUAUCAUUGCAGAACUAUGGAGGUGCAAUGCGACCCCCACUGAAUGCUUUAGGUGGCCCGGGGAUGCCUGGAAUGAACAUGGGCCCGGGAGGUGGUAGACCUUGGCCAAACCCAACCAAUGCCAAUUCUAUACCUUAUUCUUCAGCAUCUCCUGGGAACUACGUAGGUCCUCCGGGAGGUGGAGGGCCACCAGGAACACCCAUCAUGCCUAGUCCAGCAGAUUCAACCAACUCUGGAGACAACAUGUACACUUUAAUGAAUGCAGUACCACCUGGACCCAACAGACCUAACUUUCCAAUGGGGCCAGGGUCAGAUGGACCUAUGAGUGGACUAGGUGGAAUGGAUUCACAUCAUAUGAAUGGAUCAUUAGGCUCAGGAGACAUGGACAGUAUUUCCAAAAACUCUCCCAGUAAUAUGAGCAUGAGUAAUCAGCCUGGCACUCCCAGGGAUGACGGUGAGAUGGGUGGAAACUUCCUAAACCCUUUUCAGAGUGAGAGUUACUCCCCUAGCAUGACAAUGAGUGUGUGAUCCGUUAUCAAGUCUCCUCAUGAAGACCACAGUGAGUUGGCCCUCUUCAGAGAGCUACUGCAGAAGAAAAUUAUUCGUCCCAGUGUACAGUUUAACAAAAGGAUCUCAGAUACAAUCAGACCCACCAUUUUUUUUCUACCAUCUCCCCAGUUUUGUCAAGAAAGUGGGUCCCAAACAUGUUUGAGACAACUGUAAAGAGUGGCGUAACAGAACUGCCCAAGAUGGAACUGCAAACAAUUAUCUGUGUAUGUACAUGUAUGAGCUGGUGUAUAUGUGUGUGUGUGUGUGAUAUGGAAAUACACACAUACAUAUAUAGGCCUGCAGGACAUUGUAAAAUAUUAUCACAUGGCAUCUUAAGUAGAAAUGAGAAGUAGGGACUUCUAUUCCAUCUUUUUUUUUUUUCACGUUUACAUUUUAAUUAUUAAAAUUUGCUUUCCCUCUCCCCUCCUGAACUGUUUUAUGUUGCAUAUAUCACUGCUUUAUAAGUUAUUUUUUAAGGUGAACUCAAA